AUGUACCAAUCAUCUUCCUCCACGUCAUCAUCGUCGCAGAGAUCAUCUCUUCCCGGUGGCGGUGGCGGUGGCGGAGGACUGAUCCGAUACGGCUCAGCUCCGGGAUCGCUUCUAAACUCUAUGGUUGACGAAGUCAUCGGAGGUUCAAACGCUCGUGACUUCACCGGUGCCGUUAAUUAUCCAGCGCCGGAUAACUUCCUCGGUCAUUUCUUCACCGGAGCUGAUUCAUCCUCGUUGAGAUCCGAUUCGACGACUUGUGGAGUCAACUCAUCGGACGGUCAUAAACAGCUUGAUAGAUCCUACGGUGGAUUCAACGAGAUCUCGCAACACAAGAGCAACGACGUCGGAAACGGAGCCGGAGCCGGAGGAGGAAACAGCUCUGGAUCUUACUCUCUCGCUAGACAACGUAGCUCGCCCGCCGAUUUCUUCAGCUACCUCUCCGGCGAAAAAAACAGUUUCUCGUUGAACCAACCAACUAGUGAUUAUAAUAAUCCGCAAGGAGGGUCUAAUGGAGGACGAGGACAAUCGAGACUAAAGUCUCAACUAAGCUUCACGAGUCACGAUCCUCUGACUCGAAUCUCCGAGGUCAAUGAGACCUCUGUCCACGACGGUUCGGGCCAUUCGUUUUCCGCGGCUAGCUUUGGUGCCGCUACUGAUUCUUGGGAUGAUGGUUCCGGUUCAAUAGGGUUUACCGUGACUCGACCCAAUAAACGAUCCAAGGACAUGGAGUCAGGUCUCUUUUCACAGUAUAGUCUUCCUUCAGACACUUCAAUGAACUACAUGGAUAACUACAUGCAGCUUCCAGAAGACUCUGUGCCCUGCAAAAUCCGGGCCAAACGCGGCUGCGCCACCCAUCCGAGAAGCAUCGCCGAGCGGGAGAGGAGAACGAGAAUUAGCGGGAAACUAAAGAAGCUACAAGAUCUUGUACCCAACAUGGAUAAGCAAACAAGCUAUUCAGACAUGCUGGAUUUAGCUGUACAGCACAUCAAAGGCCUUCAACACCAGCUUCAGAACAAGAGAAUUGCACGUGUGGAUGCAGUGAGAGACCAAGCUAGCUGCAACCCUCACGGUAGGGAUCAUCCUAAUCCUAUUUUUGUUGUUCCGAUUUUAUUAGAAGCCAUUUGA